AUGUACGGGAGACAGCUCCUGGGAUGUCGGGUUUGGGCCGUCAGGAACGCCGGCUGUGCAACCGGGGGGGGGAGGGAGGGUAGGUCCGACCGAGAAUUGUGUCUUCCGUGGGUAGUUUAUCUUUUCGUGCCGUCGCCAAUGGAAACGACCACGUCACCUUAGGUGUUGGGAGCAGCCAUGGUGGUUGACCUUUUCAGAGACAUUCGCAUUUCUUUUCGGUUAAGCAAAACAUGUUCGGUGUAUUCAAACAAUCGGCGGAGUUGGGUUAGGGUUAGGGAAUAUGGGCUGCAUACCCCCUCCUUGUUAUAUUUCCUCAUCAACUUUUUAUCUUGCGAACGAGACGGUCCGAUCUUUUCCGCAUGCUCGACGUUAUUAGUGUCUGGAAGAACUAUGUACCGACAAGGGCGUGUUUGUGACUGGUGCAGCUCCAAGAAUGUUGAUACUUCCCAUCUUGUCUCCUGCUGUUCGUGGCAAUGUUUUUUUGUCGUGUCGCUAUUGUCGCGGGUUUCUACUGAUGAGCUACUACCCGGUGAAGUCGUAACAGUUUGGCGGUUUUUUGCUCUCGAUUAUUGUUCUUGGUUCUUUUCGU